GAUGAAAUAACCCAAACCCCAUCCAAAUAGGAUUUUCACAGAAAUUAGCGGAUAUACUAACAUACAAACAUAGAUUAUUAGCCUGAAAUACAGAAAUGACUUUUUUAAAAUUGAUUAAAAACAUGUAACAACGUGACAAAAGCAUGAUACAAAUCAAUAAUUGUUUACGCGUAACCAUAGCAACAAAUAGAAGUUGCAUGUUGUGCUGUGUACGAUAAUGGAUUAAAAUAAUUUUGACUUAACCUUAAACAGAUCAAUAAAGGGAAGGUAAUUCAAGCGGAACACGCGACAUGGCCGAAUCUAAGGCUUCCAGUAAAGACUCCAAGAUUAAAAACAAAAAAGGGAAGAAAGCUCAAGAAAUUCCGGAUGAAGAUGACUCUUCUACCUCCAGUGUGACCCAAGAAGAUAAGUCCCUCGACCAAAUAGGCCACGGAGUAGGGACCGCGUCCUUAACUGUGAACCGUGAAGAAUAUCUUGCAGCUUAUAAAGAUCUUAUGUUCGACCGUAACUACGCACAAAUAAAGAACAAUUUGCUUCAUCGUCGCCUUGCUGAAUAUUACAAAAAAAGGAAACUAGAGCAUGUUUUAAAACCGCUAGAAAAUGUACCGCAUUUAGAAGAAAAAUACCAACAAAAACUCUUGAGUUACCAAGAGUUGAAGGAAAAAGAAGACAUAGAAAUGGCUGAUAUAAAAGCUAAACUAAACACUAUCGAAGGCGAAUAUGCAAAUAAACUGGAGAAAGCAGAGAAAAACUUUGACGCACUGCAGCACUAUGAAAAAACCACAGGAACUGGGCUUAUAUAUUCUAAAAAAGGCAAGCCCAUUUCUGAAAAGACUGUCGAACGCUUCCUGACGUUGCAAAGACGUAAAAGUGAACAGGCGUCGGCUCUACGCUUACGCUAUAUAAGAGUGAGGAAUGCUGUCAAUGAAUUGGAAACUAUUGUUCGUAAAUUGGAAAUUAUAGCUCCAGGACUGAACGUUGCUCAAUAUGAACAGCUCUAUAUUGAUAAGCAGAACUAUUUGUCGAAAAUUGAAGAGCGUGAAGAUGAACUUAUAAAGAACAGGACCAAUUGUACGGAACACAAUCAAAUAUUGGCACACAUAAGAGAGAAAAUGCAACACACAGAAGAGGUGAUAGAUUUUGCUGAAUGCGAUCUAGGGGAUGCUGAAAUUGAACUGCUACGUGCUAGAGAAGAUUUGGGAAAUAUCAAGGUAGGGAAACGCGACAAGCUCCGAUGGUCUCUCGAAGCGGAACGAAUGAAAGCAGGCCUACUCACCAGAAAGAAUUUGUUGCGUGAUUUCCAAGACGCCACCGACGAGGUUGUCAAACUGAGACAGAAGAAAGAUCUGCUGGAUAAGCAAAUUAUUGAUACAACAAAUAAAUUAAGAGAUGCCAGACAAAAAGUUAACCUUCACACCGCAAUCAACGAAUUAGCGCGUAAAAAUUAUGUUGAUACACCUAAUAUGACGCCAUGAUUUUUCAAUAUUAGAAAUAUUUAAAUAUUUUUUAUUAUUUAUAAAAACUGUGGAUUUAUUGUUUAUUUGACUGGCCAUAAAACAAAAUU